UUCACACUUAUACAGACCAGCGCAGCAGUCUGUCAAAUGACUUGCUAAAAUGUGUCUUAUAUUCUAAGACUUUGAGUCUAACAGGGUAUACUUUGUGUUUUUGUACGCAACUCAAGACAAAAGGAAGCUGAGGACUUUGAUUUCAUGGGAAAUAUCAGUUCUGAAAUUGUAACAUGGAAACAUGGCCAAAUCAAGAGAGCAUGUGGCCACCUUCCUGGAGGAGUUCAGUGACCAGGUCAUUACUGGGGUGAGAUCACCUGGAGCCACUGUAGAGGCCUGGAUCCCACAGCAGCCCACACCAAUCACUGAAGCUCUGACACCACAGGAACAAAUGAGGGCACUGUUUCAUGUUGUGGAGGAAGGGACAUCACAAUCCAAAGCUGAUUUAGAGCAAAGACAACAAAACAGCACGAUGGUAAAUAUCAAGAAAUUAGAGGACAAACAAACAAAAGUUAACAUGAAAACAAACAUGGAGACUAUUAAAAGGCAAAGACAAUUGACAUGUCAGGUAAUGGAGGUAAUUGAACAACACUGGGAAAAGACACAAAGAGAGAGAAAUGAAAUUGGAUACCUGAGGACAAAGAUAGAACAGCAACAGGAGGACAUUGACAGACUAACAGCUGAAAAACAUGAUCAGUACUUAGUUAUAAAAACACUGAGAUUAAAGAUAGAAAAUGUUUUUGAGAAGCUUGAGGAUAAUAAAAAUGAAUCCACUCAAGAAAAAAUGCAACUUCUGAAAAUCCAGGCUGAAAUAUACCAAGAGAGGGAAACUCUAGACAGAAGACGUAAUGAGAUCAUCAGUGAGCGACGCAAGUUGGAAAUGAUCAAGUAUGAUAAGACAAGACAAGAAAGUAAGGAACCCAAAGAAACAAUGGUAAAGAGAGAAGAAGAGAUAAUGGAGAGGCUGAUGGCUGACAGCCUGCUGAGUGCAGUUAACAAAAACAAGAAAAUAAUGCUUGAAGCCAAGCAGGCAAAAGAACAAAUUGAGAAAAACCUAGAAGACAUAAAGCAAGAGUUAAAGAGAAAUACGAAGGAUAUUUCACAACAUAGAGAUCAAAUUGAGCACAUCAAACAUAAUAUGAAUGUAAAUAUCAUCAAGAUUAAGCAAAGGUGGACAAAAAUUCAAAGAGAUAUUGAAAUGCAGAAAGCUACAGUCGCAGAGAUGGAAAGGAGAGAAAGAGAAACAAAGGGAAUAGACACCUUUGACAAUGUGAAGGUAAGAGUCAGCAGAAUCUUCGAAGAGAUGGAGAAACUUUGGGAUGUGCUGGAAGGGAGUGAACAACAACUGGGAGUGACUCUGAGAGAGAGGCACAAGCUACAUACAGAGACCAGUCAGAUGGAAAACAUGAAAUCUGAGUCUCAAAAGCAACAACAAGACAUGGAUGUAAGCAUGAAGGUCACACAGUGGGAAACAUUAAUGAAGGCUGAUAUGCAGAGGCAAAAACGGGAAACAGAGAACAAGUUGGUGAAAAUGAAGGACAGAUUUGAUGACUAUAAGAUAAAUCUUUAUCAGGUUGACAGAACCAGAGAAAUAAAUCAACGUAAAGAAAAUCAAUUUGAGGAAGACAACAUGGAGAUGAGCAUCAAGAACAAAGCUGACAUGCAGAGAAUGAUUUUUGAAGUACAGGAAAUCAGAGAGAUGCUGCGUAUGGUGAGAGAAGAUCCAGAAAAAAGGAUAAGGGUCUUUACAGAAGACAAGAGUCAAAACAAAUGGAGGAAUUUUCAAGAAAAAAAACAGAGACGGAAGCUAGAACAAUGGCUGGAGAAGAUCAUAAAAGAGAGGGAUGAGUUAGAAAUCGUGAAGGUAAAAAUACAACAGCAAAGGGAGGAGGGUGAACAAAAACUGGAAGAUACAAUAACUACAAUUCUGACUAUGGGUGAGAUAAAAGUUAACAUAGAAAACGCUGCAACAGAGAUUAACAACGUGCAAGAGGAAAUGCUCAAAGCCCAAAGGAAUAUGGAAAUGAACAAGGAAGAAGUCAGAAAAUACAUGGACAAGCUGACUUCCAUGAAAGCUCAGGUCAGCAGAUGGAUAUUGACAGAAUCUGCAAUCAAAAAGACUUUUUCAGUGAAUACAUCUAAACUUCAAGAACCACGGAAAGAAACACACAGAGAAACCCUCAAAGAUAAAACACUGGAAAUUCCAACAGAUCAAGAAAGAGCAGCAGAUGAAAUUACAAAAAGGGCUAUGUCUUUGCAACAGUCAAUUACAUUAGAAGACCAGCACCAAAGUGACAAAAUUAAAGAACAGGAACAUAGACAAUCAAAGCACAAACAGUUUUUUGCAGUGGACAUAAAUGAAAAGCAGAGUAUUUUCUUACAGAUACAGAGAGAAAUACAUGAAGAAAAUUUAAUAGAUGAUGAUCAGACAGAAUUAAUAAUAAAUGUAAGACAAAAUAAAGAAGUGGAAAAGCAGAUAUCCAAACUCAAGGAGAAAGAGGAGAAAAUCAGAGACCAAAUAAAGUGUGCUAUGGAGAACAUGGAGGAAAAAAAUCAAGAGAUUAAAAGGCUCAUUAUGGAUAUAAAUGACCUGCAGAGCCAGAAACCAGAGACUGAAACUGGGUUAAAAAUUACAGUAAGGGAAACUGGAAAUGUGGAGGAAGGAGGGACUGGACUGCUGCAAGAAACAGAGCAAAGAGAGAGCAUUUUGUGGGUAAAAACCAAUGUUUUCAAACAUGAAAUGACUACAUAUGAAGACCAAAUACAAAAAGAUGAGAAUGGCAAUAAUGAGAAAAAAGAAAUAACUGAUGAGUCUGACUUGAUAAAAUUGAAUGUUGAGAAGCAAAAGCAAAGUCAGCAGUCAAAAAAAGAUCAACAGACACAUACUGAGCAGAUGGAUGGAGGUUUUGAUAAAAAGGACACAGGAAGUGCUGAUAUACAAAGACUUAUGGCAGAGAUUUAUAAAACACAAAAAAUCGUAAGAUUGGUAAAAAAAGAACUAAAAAUAAAACCUGAAAAAAUCAAUGUUGACAAAGAUCAUAAGGAUGAAGGCCGUGAAACUGAAGGAUUGUUACAAUUCAAAGAGUUUUUGAAAAUGGUAAAAACUGAAACAAGGCAAAAUGAAAUGCAUCUGAAAGAAGAAUUGAGUAACAUGAAAAUGAUGAAAACUGCAGCAAAAAAACAAAAAAGAGAACUAGAUCAGCGGUUAGAGAAAACUUUGAGAGAGAGAGACAAAUUAGAUAUUUUAAAAAUAAAAAUGCAGAGACAAACUGAAGUAAUUGAGGAGAAGUUGGAGAAAAUGGCAAAAGUUAAGAGUACUGUAGAGAAAAUGGCUGUUAAGACUAGAAAGAAAAGUGAAGAUAUACAAAUUAUUAUGAAGGAGACUGAAGUAAAACUGAGACAGUUAGAGGACAUAAACUAUAAGAUAAAAGCUACAAAACAUGACUUGAAAAGCAGUUAUCUAUUAAUAUGCCAGGAAGGAGCUGACCUUGAAAAAUUCAAGAAUCAAAUCAGACAAAAAAGGAAUGGAGAAUCUCCCUUUGAAAAUACUGAGAGAGAGAAGGGAGAUAUAAAGAAAUAUGAAAAAGCUGAAAUUGGUACAGAAUGGGACAAACUGAGAAAGAACAGAAUGGGCAAAGAAAUGGAAGAAAUGGAAAAUGAAAUCCUCAGACUCCGAUCAGAUAAGGACAGAGUAGAGGAGGACAUAAAACUGAUAACGGACAGUUUGGAUCAGAAAAACAGUGAAACUGUACAACUGAAAAAUUCAAUUAUUGAGCAAGUGAAACACAUUACAAAGAGAGAAAAGACUGAGAUGCUGAAACAACAAAUUCAAGUAGAGAGAGAGAAUGUGAAAAAAGCAAGACAGCAAGCUGAGGCAGAAAUACAUGAGAUUAACCAUUUAAGGGAGUUCAUCAAAAGACAGAAACAGGACAUUGAUGACAGAGCACAAACAACCAAAACAGAAAUAAGAGAAAUUGAGCUGCUGAAGUCAGAACUGGAAAUAAAGAGAAAAGAAGGAGAACAGAUAUUUAGAAAAAACAUAACCAUGAGAGAGAGGGAUGAAUUAGAAGUGUUGAGAAUAAAACUGCAGCAAAAGAAACAAGAGCUUGCUGAGGAGGAGCAGAGUACCAAAAACCUGACUACUCUUAUCCAAGAAUACAGAGAAUAUGAAAAACAAAGCCUGGAUCCAAAACAGGUGAGAACUAACAGCGAGAUAUCUAAAAUGGUACACCAAAGCUCAAAGGUAACUGAUUCCAUUACUGAUCCCCAAAACGUGACACAAAAGAUUCACGUACAUUUGGAAAUAAUUACAAGGGAAAUGGGAAUUCUGGAAAACGUAAAUGUUCACUUAGGGAAACAAAGAGAAGGGCUCAAAGCAUUAAAAGGUGAGAACAAGACUGUAAGAGACAACAUGAUCAGAAUAAGUUCUCAGAUAAAGAUGGGCUUUGAAAAACUGACUAUACAAGCAGAAGCAGAGAUGGAUGAAACGGUCCAAAUGAGGGCUGAUAUCCAAAAACAAAAACAGGAGCUUGAUAUCAGACUAGAGAAAGUUAAAAGAGAAAGAAGAGAGAUGGAACUGUUGAAGUCUGAGUUGGAGUUCAAAAAAAGAGAAAAUCAACAGAUGAUCCGAAAAGGAAUUCAAAAAGAUCAGGACUAUAAAAAGAUAUUGGCGGAGAUCAAAGAAGAAAAAGAUGCUCUGAAGAGGGAGACGAGGAAGAGAAAGAAAGAGCUCAACCAGCAGCUGGAAAGGAUCAUCAGGGAGAGAGAUGAACUAGAGAUAAUAAAGCUGAAAAUGCAAAGAGAAAAGUAUGAAAGCAGAGGUGGAACGGAGCAGCUGAGGGUAUCAUACAUCAGUUGCAACGUUGCAAAUAAAAUUCAAAAGUACUGGGAACUAAUUCACAUAUGUAUGGAGAAAUGUAAACACAUGAAAAAACACAGUGAAGAUUUGAAUGGAGCAAUUAAAAAUGAGAAAGAAAAUAUCAAGGCCCAGGCAAAAAUCAUAAUCCAGGAAAGGAAAGAAGUGGAAAUUAUCAAGAUGGAUAUCAGAAGACAAAAGGAAAUGAUGAUAUGUGCAUUGAAGAACAUACAGCAAAAGCAAACACAUUUGGAGCAAAUGGAGAUAAAUAUCAAAAAAGAGCAAAACCCAAUAGAAAAAGAAAAGGAGAAAUACAUAGAGAAAUCAGAAGGGUUAGUCCUGAGAGAGAAGGGGCUGGGGAAUGACAAGGAGUUUCUUAAAGCUGAGUCAUUAAUCCUAAAAGUUGGAAAACAGAAACAAAAGAAAGUACUAAAAGAAAUAAAGCGGCUAAUUAACAAUACUAGCUUUGAGAAGGGAUUAGAAAUCCCUGAAACUAAAAGGAAGCUGAUACAAACUCGGACAGAUGAACCAGAAGAAAUAAAGAAGGAAGUCCAAUGUGGGAAAAAGAAACAGAAGGAAGAAGAGGUGAAUUUGAUGAGUGAAAUACAAGAAAAAAUAUCGUCAGAUGAGCAGAAGGAAACACUUAUGUUGCAACUGAAAGAACCACUUGAAAAGGACAUUAAGGAGAAGAAAGACAUUUUAAAAGAAGAAUUACAACUAUGUGGAAAACUUGAUACUACACCAGGAAAAGACAGAUUACAAAGUAAAAAGAAACUGGGGUUUGAGUUUAAAGUAUCAGACCACGACAAUUCAAACAAAGACAAAGACCUAAAACACCUGGCUGGAACUAAAAAGUUGAGAAAAAAAAGACAAUUAAAACUUAGUAAAAUAAAAGAUGGUAUUAAUAAAAAAACUGAUCAGUUAGACAAAGAUGAACAACAUGACGAAGAGGCUAAAGUGAUGCUACAAAUUAAAAAGAAUGGAAAGGAAAAAACAGAAGAAGUGGAAAGUGAUGAAAAAUUACAAAAGAGUGAAUAUACCACUGAGCUCUUAAAAAAAGGUCUGAUAAGACUGUCAGAUGUUGUCAUUGAAAAAGAGGAUGUGAAAGAAGAUUGGAAACCAAAAGUUGUAAAAAAUGAAGGUCAUGAAAAACUGAAGAUGGAGCUGAAGCAAGAGAGGGAGGAUCUGGAUGCACUCAAUGAGACGAUGAACAAAGAGAGAAAGGACUUGGAGCUGAUGAGAUCUGACAUUCUGAAACAAACCGACUUGUUAGAACAAGAGAAACAACAUUUAAAAGAGGAAAGACAAAAGUCUGAAAUCACAAAGACUGAGCUACAAAAGGAGAAGGAACAUGCACACAGUCUGCUUGAUGAAAUAGACAGAGAGAAAACCAACAUUAAAGAUCUAUUCCUUAAGGCUCAGAAAGACAGAAACAAACUUGAAAAUGUCAUUAACAAGAUUACUUUAAAACAAAUAGAACAAGAACACCAAGAUGACAGCAUCAAAAGACUAAAACAAGAACUGGAAAGCAGUGAGAAGAACGUACUGCCAGAAAGAAAAGAAGUGGAAGUUUUGAGGAAGAAUCUCAAAAAGACGAAAGAACAGGUUUGCGCUACCAUGAAAAGCAUCAGUAGAGAGAGAGAACGCCUCAGUCAGACAACGACUGACAUUAACAGAGAGAGAGAAAUGCUUUUGAAUGAAAAGGGCAAUCUGGAAAGAGAAAAGUCUGAGCUGAAAAUUAGAGAACAUCAAGUCAGCAAUCAAAUGGAAGUCAUGGAAAGUCUGACAGUAAAACUUCAACAGCUGAGUGAAAGAAUGAGUGACAACAUCAAAAGCAAAAUGGAACAUUUACAACAAAACAAUGAAGAUGUGCUAAGAGUGUACACUGCAUUGGAAGAAAAGUUUGCAGAACUCGAUGAACAGAAAGAAAACAUGGCUUGCUACACUGAGCUGGUGGAGAGAGAAAAGGAAGGUCUGAUAAGUAUACUUUCAGAGAUAAUCAUCCAGAAAGAGGACACUGAAAAUCUAUGGAAACAAAAGUUUAAGACUGAAAAACUACAUCUUGAAAAACUGAAGGUAGAGCUGAAGGAAGACAGAGAAGAUCUGGACAGAGUGAACGAGAUGAUGAACAAAGAUCAAAUGGACCUGGAGCUGAAGAGGUCUGACAUCCUGAAACAAACUGCCCUUUUAGAACAAGAUAUACGAGAUUUAAAAGACGAAAAAGAGAAAUUUCAAAUCACAAAGACUGAACUACAAAAGAACAAAGAACAUGCAGACAGUCUGUUUGAUGAGAUCAAAAGAGAGAAAGCCAACAUCCAAGAUCUGACCCUCCAGGUUCAGACAGAAAGAAACAAACUUCAGAAUGCGAUAAACAUUAUUGCUUUGAAGCAAAAAGAGCAAGAACUAAAGGAUAAUGACAUCAAAAGACAAACUCGAGAACUACAAACCCGUAAUAAAAGCGUUCUGGCAGAAAGAGAAGAAUUGGAUGUUUUGAAGAAGGAUCUCAACAGGAAGAAAGACGAGCAUGAAGCUGUUAUGAGCAGCAUCAGUGAAGAAAAAGAAAAGCUAAGUCAGCUGAAGACUAGUCUCGACAUGGACAGACAAAAACUUAUGAAUGACAAAGAUAAAAUGGCAGCGGGACUGUCUGACUUGAAAGUCAGAGAAGAUCAGUUCAUGAGUGAAAUACUAUCCAUACAAACUCUGAGAGGUAAACUCAAAGAGCUGAAUGAAAAGACACGUGGACAGAUCAAAAACAAAACAUACAAUCUGGACCAAAGCAAUGAAAAGGUGCAGAGAUUAUGCUUUGCAUUGGAGCAAAAACUUGCAGACUUUGAUCAAGUGACCACCCAGAUGCCGGUUUACACUGAGCUGAUACAAACGGAAAAAAAUGAUCUGAUUGGUAUACUAUCAGAGAUGGUAAUGAAGCGAGAAGUCAUGGAAAAUCAAUGGAAGCACAAGUUCGAAAUGGAAAAACAAAAUCUUGAAAAACAGAGGGCUGAACUGAAGCAAGACAGGGAGGAUCUGGAUGCACUCAAUGAGACGAUGAACAAAGAGAGAAAGGACUUGGAGCUGAUGAGAUCUGACAUUCUGAAACAAACUGACUUGUUAGAACAAGAGAAACAACAUUUAAAAGAGGAAAGACAAAAGUCUGAAAUCACAAAGACUGAACUACAAAAGAACAAAGAACAUGCAGACAGUCUGUUUGAUGAGAUCAAAAGAGAGAAAGCCAACAUCCAAGAUCUGACCCUCCAGGUUCAGACAGAAAGAAACAAACUUCAGAAUGCGAUAAACAUUAUUGCUUUGAAGCAAAAAGAGCAAGAACUAAAGGAUAAUGACAUCAAAAGACAAACUCGAGAACUACAAACCCGUAAUAAAAGCGUUCUGGCAGAAAGAGAAGAAUUGGAUGUUUUGAAGAAGGAUCUCAACAAGAAGAAAGACGAGCAUGAAGCUGCUAUGAGCAGCAUCAGUGAAGAAAAAGAAAAGCUAAGUCAGUUGAAGACUAGUCUCGACAUGGACAGACAAAAACUUAUGAAUGACAAAGAUAAAAUGGCAGCGGGACUGUCUGACUUGAAAGUCAGAGAAGAUCAGUUCAUGAGUGAAAUACUAUCCAUACAAACUCUGAGAGGUAAACUCAAAGAGCUGAAUGAAAAGACACGUGGACAGAUCAAAAACAAAACAUACAAUCUGGACCAAAGCAAUGAAAAGGUGCAGAGAUUAUGCUUUGCAUUGGAGCAAAAACUUGCAGACUUUGAUCAAGUGACCACCCAGAUGCCGGUUUACACUGAGCUGAUACAAACGGAAAAAAAUGAUCUGAUUGGUAUACUAUCAGAGAUGGUAAUGAAGCGAGAAGUCAUGGAAAAUCAAUGGAAGCACAAGUUCGAAAUGGAAAAACAAAAUCUUGAAAAACAGAGGGCUGAACUGAAGCAAGACAGGGAGGAUCUGGAUGCACUCAAUGAGAUGAUGAACAAAGAUCAAAUGGACCUGGAGCUGAAGAGGUCUGACAUCCUGAAACAAACUGCCCUUUUAGAACAAGAUAUACGAGAUUUAAAAGACGAAAAAGAGAAAUUUCAAAUCACAAAGACUGAACUACAAAAGAACAAAGAACAUGCAGACAGUCUGUUUGAUGAGAUCAAAAGAGAGAAAGCCAACAUCCAAGAUCUGACCCUCCAGGUUCAGACAGAAAGAAACAAACUUCAGAAUGCGAUAAACAUUAUUGCUUUGAAGCAAAAAGAGCAAGAACUAAAGGAUAAUGACAUCAAAAGACAAACUCGAGAACUACAAACCCGUAAUAAAAGCGUUCUGGCAGAAAGAGAAGAAUUGGAUGUUUUGAAGAAGGAUCUCAACAGGAAGAAAGACGAGCAUGAAGCUGUUAUGAGCAGCAUCAGUGAAGAAAAAGAAAAGCUAAGUCAGCUGAAGACUAGUCUCGACAUGGACAGACAAAAACUUAUGAAUGACAAAGAUAAAAUGGCAGCGGGACUGUCUGACUUGAAAGUCAGAGAAGAUCAGUUCAUGAGUGAAAUACUAUCCAUACAAACUCUGAGAGGUAAACUCAAAGAGCUGAAUGAAAAGACACGUGGACAGAUCAAAAACAAAACAUACAAUCUGGACCAAAGCAAUGAAAAGGUGCAGAGAUUAUGCUUUGCAUUGGAGCAAAAACUUGCAGACUUUGAUCAAGUGACCACCCAGAUGCCGGUUUACACUGAGCUGAUACAAACGGAAAAAAAUGAUCUGAUUGGUAUACUAUCAGAGAUGGUAAUGAAGCGAGAAGUCAUGGAAAAUCAAUGGAAGCACAAGUUCGAAAUGGAAAAACAAAAUCUUGAAAAACAGAGGGCUGAACUGAAGCAAGACAGGGAGGAUCUGGAUGCACUCAAUGAGAUGAUGAACAAAGAUCAAAUGGACCUGGAGCUGAAGAGGUCUGACAUCCUGAAACAAACUGCCCUUUUAGAACAAGAUAUACGAGAUUUAAAAGACGAAAAAGAGAAAUUUCAAAUCACAAAGACUGAACUACAAAAGAACAAAGAACAUGCAGACAGUCUGUUUGAUGAGAUCAAAAGAGAGAAAGCCAACAUCCAAGAUCUGACCCUCCAGGUUCAGACAGAAAGAAACAAACUUCAGAAUGCAGUAAACAUUAUUGCUUUGAAGCAAAAAGAGCAAGAACUAAAGGAUAAUGACAUCAAAAGACAAACUCGAGAACUACAAACCCGUAAUAAAAGCGUUCUGGCAGAAAGAGAAGAAUUGGAUGUUUUGAAGAAGGAUCUCAACAAGAAGAAAGACGAGCAUGAAGCUGCUAUGAGCAGCAUCAGUGAAGAAAAAGAAAAGCUAAGUCAGUUGAAGAUUAGUCUCGACAUGGACAGACAAAAACUUAUGAAUGACAAAGAUAAAAUGGCAGCGGGACUGUCUGACUUGAAGGUCAGAGAAGAUCAGUUCAUGAGUGAAAUACUGUCCAUACAAACUCUGAGAGGUAAACUCAAAGAGCUGAAUGAAAAGACACGUGGACAGAUCAAAAACAAAACAUACAAUCUGGACCAAAGCAAUGAAAAGGUGCAGAGAUUAUGCUUUGCAUUGGAGCAAAAACUUGCAGACUUUGAUCAAGUGACCACCCAGAUGCCGGUUUACACUGAGCUGAUACAAACGGAAAAAAAUGAUCUGAUUGGUAUACUAUCAGAGAUGGUAAUGAAGCGAGAAGUCAUGGAAAAUCAAUGGAAGCACAAGUUCGAAAUGGAAAAACAAAAUCUUGAAAAACAGAGGGCUGAACUGAAGCAAGACAGGGAGGAUCUGGAUGCACUCAAUGAGAUGAUGAACAAAGAUCAAAUGGACCUGGAGCUGAAGAGGUCUGACAUCCUGAAACAAACUGCCCUUUUAGAACAAGAUAUACGAGAUUUAAAAGACGAAAGAGUUCAGACAGAAAGAAACAAACUUCAGAAUGCAGUAAACAUUAUUGCUUUGAAGCAAAAAGAGCAAGAACUAAAGGAUAAUGACAUCAAAAGACAAACUCGAGAACUACAAACCCGUAAUAAAAGCGUUCUGGCAGAAAGAGAAGAAUUGGAUGUUUUGAAGAAGGAUCUCAACAAGAAGAAAGACGAGCAUGAAGCUGCUAUGAGCAGCAUCAGUGAAGAAAAAGAAAAGCUAAGUCAGUUGAAGACUAGUCUCGACAUGGACAGACAAAAACUUAUGAAUGACAAAGAUAAAAUGGCAGCGGGACUGUCUGACUUGAAAGUCAGAGAAGAUCAGUUCAUGAGUGAAAUACUAUCCAUACAAACUCUGAGAGGUAAACUCAAAGAGCUGAAUGAAAAGACACGUGGACAGAUCAAAAACAAAACAUACAAUCUGGACCAAAGCAAUGAAAAGGUGCAGAGAUUAUGCUUUGCAUUGGAGCAAAAACUUGCAGACUUUGAUCAAGUGACCACCCAGAUGCCGGUUUACACUGAGCUGAUACAAACGGAAAAAAAUGAUCUGAUUGGUAUACUAUCAGAGAUGGUAAUGAAGCGAGAAGUCAUGGAAAAUCAAUGGAAGCACAAGUUCGAAAUGGAAAAACAAAAUCUUGAAAAACAGAGGGCUGAACUGAAGCAAGACAGGGAGGAUCUGGAUGCACUCAAUGAGACGAUGAACAAAGAGAGAAAGGACUUGGAGCUGAUGAGAUCUGACAUUCUGAAACAAACUAACUUGUUAGAACAAGAUAAACAACAUUUAAAAGAGGAAAGACAAAAGUCUGAAAUCACAAAGACUGAGCUACAAAAGGAGAAGGAACAUGCAGACAGUCCGCUUGAUGAGAUAGACGGAGAGAAAACCCUCAUUAAAGAUCUAAUGCUUAAGGUUCAGACAGGCAGAAACAAACUUGAAAAUGUCAUUAACAAGAUUACUUUAAAACAAAUACAACAAGAAUACCAAGAUGACAAUAUCAGAAGACUAAAACAAGAACUGGAAAGCAGUGAGAAGAACGUACUGGCAGAAAGAAAAGAAGUGGAAGUUUUGAGGAAGAAUCUCAAAAAGACGAAAGAAGAGGUUUACGCUACCAUGAAAAGCCUCAGUAGAGAGAAAGAACGCCUCAGUCAGACAACGACUGACAUUGACAGAGAGAGAGAAAUGCUUUUGAUUGAAAGCAAAAGAUUGGCAGGAGAGCUAAAUGAUCUGAAAGUAAAAGAAGAUCAGUUCAUCAUUAAAAUGAAAUCCUUGGACACUGUCAGAGCAAAACUAAAACUGCUAAAUGAAAGAAAAUGUAAAGACAUGAAGAACAUAAUUCAGCGAGUAGAAGAAAACAACAAUCAUGUUCUAAAAUUGUGCACUUUACUGGAUCAAAAGUGUGUACAAAUUGAUGAAGAGAAAGACAAGAUGUUUCCAUACAAUAAAAUGUUUCAAAGAGAAAAGGAAGUUUUCAUUAGUCUGAUAUCAGAUAUCUUCAGACACAUACAAGAAAUGAAAGGUCAACAAAAGCCAAAUGUUGAAGUGGAAAUAAAAGACUGUGAAAGGGUUAACACAGGGUUGACCCAAGAGAGAGAGGAUCCGGAAAGGUGGAGGAAAGGAAUUAAAAAAGAGAAACUGGACUUGGAGCUGAUGAGGUCUGACAUUGUGACACAUAUAAAUACAUUUGAACAAAAUGUAAAAGAAAAAAGGAACAGGUUGGAAAUAGAAAAGAUUGAGCUACAAAGCAAGAAAGAUAACUCUGACUUUUUCCUUAAUGAGAUAAACCAAGAGAAAACAAACAUUAAACACCUGACCCUUCAGGUUCAGACAGAAAGGAACAAACUUAAGGAAGUAAUGAAAAUGAUUGCACUGAAAUCACAAAAAAACCAAAUAAAGAAUGAUGAGAUCCAAAGACAAUUUCGAGAACUGGAACUUUUGAAGAUGAAUCAUAACAAGAGGAAACAGGAGGACAUCAUCAGUGAAGAGAGAGAACAACUCAUUCAAAUGAAGUUUAAUGCUGACAAAGAGAGAGAAAUGCUUUUGAAUGAAAUGGAUAAAAUAGAAGAUGUGUCUGAGGUAAAAACGAGAAAAAAUACAGUGGAAUCAGUGAUAACUCUGAGAGCAAAACUUAAAGAGCUAAAUCAAAAGAUAAUUGAAGACAUCACACACAAACUACGUAAAUUAGAACAAAGUCAAAAAUACAUGCAAAAAUUGUGCACUGUAUUGGAACAAAAGCUCAAAGAGGAUCUGGAAAGAGUGAAUGAGCAGAUGAACAAACUGAACUUGAAAAUGAUGAGGUCUGUCAUCCUGAAAGAAACCAACAUAUCAGAACAAGAAAAACAAGAUAUAAAUGAGGAAAAUGAGAAGUUGGAAAUCAAAAAACUGGAGCUACAAAGCAAGAAAAUAAGUAUUGAUUGUCUCCUUGAUGAGAUGAACCAAGAACAACUGUAUCAAAUGAGGGCAACUAUUGAAAGUGAGAGAGAAAUGUUUUUAAAUGGAAAGAAGGGAAUGAAAGACAAAUUGUCCGAGCUAAAAAUCAGAAAGGAACAGCUCACCAGUGUUAUGAACUCCAUGGGUAGUCUGAGAGCAAAUCUAAAACAAUUGUAUCAAAGGACACGUGAAUACUUGGACAGAUUAGAGCACAAAAAUGAAGACAUACUCCAAAUGAAUUCAAUAUUGGAAAACAAAUAUGCUGACCUUGAUAAACAGAAAAAUAUAAUCACUGGUUAUUAUUACCUGAUACAAAGAGAAAAGAAACAUGGGGUGUUAAUGAACUUUGACAAGGCAGUACAAACUGAGAUUGUAGCAAAAGAAUCACUGCAAGAGCAUGAUAUCGAGAAACAGGAUUUGAAUAAAAUUAAAGAGUUUGAAUGUGAGAAGGAUGUCCUGCAGUCAGAUGUCAUGAUCCAGACUGAAGUAUUUGAACAUCAGUGGAAGUUAAAAGAAGAUAAAGGUGAUCUUGAAAGAAAAGGUAAAUACUCAAAAAUGAAGAGGGGAGUUCUGCUCGUGGGAACAGAAGAAGAAGUGGAAAAUGAAUGGAAACAGAAGCUUGCAACAAUUUCCGAGUCAGUGGUAGAGCAGAAUGAUUUUACAGAUGAGAAAAUGUCAAAAAGAGACUGUUUGCGAAAGAUCUGGAAGAACACUAAAAUGGAACGGAAGGAGAUUGAUCAGAUGAGGAGCAGGGGUCAUGAAAUGAGAAACAAUCUGGAGAAAAGACUAAAGGAGAUCAAUCAGUUUGUUAAGAGAACAUGGUUACAGAAACAAAAGGUUCGACUGGAGAAUACAAAGCUGGAACAAGGACUAGGUAAGAACACAACAUCUAAAACUGACUGGGAGAGAGACCACAAAAUACUUGAGAAAAAAUACGAUGAGCUCGGACAAAUUAAGAUUCAGAUGCUCAGUGAGAUUGAGAAACUCCACGUCAAAGAAAAAGUGACUAGGGGACUGACAGCUUGCGACAAAGCUAAUCAGACAUUCCAAGUGCAUAUAACCACAGGGGAUGAAGCAGCGCAGGCAAUGCAACAAGCUUCUACCAAGAUGCAUGAAGAGCAGAUGAAGGUAGAAGAAACUCAAGCAGCUUCAGAGACAUCCAGUGCACUCCUCUCUCAGCUCCUGCAUUAUUGCUGUCACUGCUGGCUUUGUUGUGCCUGCUGUAAGCAAGCAUACCCAGAGAAGAAAUGAGAGACAGGUCUAUGUCUCUGUAAUUAUCAGUUUGAAUGUUUCUGGUAUAAAUUUAAAGUACUUUUCUUAAAUAAAUAUUUUACUUAAGCACUUGUAGUACAAAGAUAACACCUGAACAUUUUUGAAACAGGGUUUUUUUUUAGUUAAUUAUUUACAGUAUGCAUCACAGUGUCAGGAAAUGGUCCUGUUUUGGCAGUCCAGAUACCCAAAUAACUGAAAAUUACCAGUCUGAUGUUAGGUUUCCUAUUCUAUAAAAACUGCUUUAAAACAUAAUGAAUACUAACCAAAAGUAAAAUGAUAACUCAAUAUAUGAAGGUAUUUCUGCAGAUCAGCAUGCAAAAUGUGUGAGGUUUGUGCAUCUGAAAAAUACUUUACUGGCUGUUGCACCAUAUUAGUUUGCAUGUGUAAAAAUCAAAAUCUUCUUGAUUAGCAAAAUAAGAUUUAAUAGUGUACUUAAACCAUUUAACGAGUGAGUGCUGUGAAAUAUGUAUAUAAUAUAUUAAAUUUAAAAUUACAUUCACUUAAUUACAGAGAAUCUUUUUGUUGUUGUUGUUGUUGUUGCUGCUGGCUCAUUUUUCUUGCUCUUUUAAAGUAUUCAUUUGUUUACCUUGUUCUGGUACAGUUAUUUAAGAAAAAUACAAUAUUCAAAUGAAAUCAGGUAAAAAUAAAUAAAUUGAGACAUCUAAUAAGAAAGCCUAAAUGAGCUCUACCUGGGAAAGUUCUGUUGAAGGACAGCUGUACUUUCAUGCUUAAAGCAAGACUACGUAACUUUUGCUGAGCAAUGGCAACAGCCCCCUCUGCAGCCACAAGUGGUAAUUACAGGACGCUGGUGCUUGAAAUUCUGUUGGGCUCUGAGUCUGAGUGGUUAAGGGUAAUGGAAACAGUGCAACCCUAGAAGCUAAAAGCUCAUGUACAGAAAACAAAUCAUUCAUGCAACAAACACAAAAUUCUUCUAAGGGGUUGAUAAAUGAAAGAAAGUAUCGCUAUAAGCUCGCUAUAAGCUUCUUCUUAUAGCGAGCUGAAGACCCAUAGUUUGUGGUGUGUGACGUGGUGCCGUAAAGCAUCACUCACUUCUACUGGGAGAUCAUACCCGCUCAACCCGAGUUACAUAGUGCAAGAACAGGUGUUUGGGGUGCAGAUUGUCUAAUAAAAUUACCCACAUUAUUACAACAUUUUUCUGUCAGUGUAUUUAUUUACUUCUAUCACAAGCUACUUGUUACUUGUUACAAUCAUAAGGUUCUUUCCUUAUGAUUGUAUUUGCUUGAAUUUUAUUAAAUAAUGUUCUAUUUAAUAAAUCUGUUGUUUACCUUACAAGUGUGUCUUCACAAAGCAGAGUAUGAUACACUACUUUAUUAUUGUACGACUGAGGUAUAGUCUGGUGAACACUGGGGGAUCUUACCAUGACCUAGGAGGUCCAGAAUAAAUGAGCAACACUUAG